CCCUCUCUCUCUCCUCCAAACUCGGUUACCCUCUUUUGUACACGUAAUAGAUGCCGUGACCCUCAGCCUCUCCCUCUCUCUCUUUCUCUUUCUCUCUCUCUUUUCGGCUCGCUACCCCUCUUUUUUAUUAUUCUCUCCUGCACGAAUACACCCUGUACUUAGACAAUUAAAGUUAGGAUAUGGAGAAAUUCAAAGAGAAACUAUUGACGUUGCGGUCCGAAGCAGAGGCAGUCACUGCACAAGCAGACGAGCUGGAAGCCAAAGUCAAACAGUUGGAAGGCGAGCACACUGCCAAGAACCACGAACUGCUGUCGAUGCAGAUCCGAGUCAAGAAUCUCGAGGAACAGUUGGAAAAGACCGAACAGAAACUAAGAGAGACUUCUGCAAAGUUCAAUGAAUCGGACGUCAAGGCAGAAGAGGCCGAACGCAAGGUUGGCGAUCUCGAGAAUGUGAUUAUGGAAAAGGAGCAAAAGAAUGAGGCAUUGGCAGAGCAGUACAAGACUGCCAAGGCAGAGCUGGAUGAGAUGGGCCGACAGUUUGAUGACUUGUAAUAAUAGCAACAACACAACAAUAAAUUUACCUUGCAC